AAGGAGUUCACCUGAUUCGGACCUGGACAAGUAGAAGGGCCAGAAGUCCAUUGAGAAUCGAAGUAUUAAUCGAGUGUCUGUUUGUUGAAGGAGGCAAACAGAUGAAGCCAGUCAGUCAUCCAGCCAGCCAGCCAGGGACCAUAUGGGCAAGCAAAGGACAAAAUCUCACUAUCUUGAGAGCAACAAAGUUGGCGUUAAUCCAGCCACGCCCGCAGCCUCCCUGUCUCUCGGUUGGUUGAUGGUUCAUCCGUUUCUGGUUCGUCUCCACGCGGGCCCUCCCAUCCCCUCAUUUCACAGCCAUGCACACACCCCCGCGAUCCCCAAAUGUUUCUCCAUCCUGGCCAUCCCCAUUCCUCUGACCCGCCUGCGCCUCUUCUCCGCAGAAUCCACUGGCUAAGAUAGGAUAAGAUGGGAAAGCAAGGCAUGAACCGACGGUGGCGAUGGUGCUGCUCGGAGCAGAGCAGGAAUCAGCGAGACCUGAAGAUGCGUGUGGGACAGCCAAAGCCCAUUGGAUUUAACUGACGGGUCGUUGGGCACUGGUUCAAACCUGCUGCUCGUACAUCUACUGCUCUGCAUAUCGUAUCACG